UCUAUUAAAAGAAAAAGACUAAAAACCCCGUUUUUUUUCUUAGCACCAAGGUCAGGCUGAAAAUAGACACCGGAAGUACGUCACGCGUAAAAGCUCCUCUAUGCACAAUCUGUAAUCGAAUUGACAGAAAAUAAUCAAACUGUAAUCAAACGUUAGUUGAAAUAGAUUGAUUUGCCUCUGAAAUGGAGACAGAAUAUAUGCCUUAUAUAUUGUCGUCACAUUAUACUGCAAGAAAAGUUAUGAAAUAUGAAAAAGAUAUUUGUAAUUUCCUCGGUGAAAAAUGGAAUCAAUUAUCAUUUCAAGAAAAAGAACAACUGCUUGAUGAUUUUGUAGUUGACAAUGAAGUUCGAGAAUUAUACAGUACACCAGAUGAAACAAUAGAAACUGUAUCAUCAUUUCCUAAACUUGUCAUAAAAACUGGUGAAAAGAUUGUUGUGGACUGUGAAAAUGACUUCAGUACAUGGAGAGAUGAGCAUUCUGGACCUUUUUCCUGGAAGUCAAGGAGUCAACAAGAUCUGACUCUUGCUGAUUUAGAUGCUGAUAACAUCAACAAACCGUUACCUAAACAACCAGUUGAUUCUACAUCAUCUUCCCAUGAAGAUCCUUUUAAAUGGCAGUCUGAACCUUGGACCUCUGCUCUAACUUCAAGUUAUAAAAUCCAUCGAGAUGCCAUCAAUGCUGUCCCAAAAACUUCACUUUUAGCAGAGGUCAACAAAGGAUUUGAAGGAAGUAUCGAAACUAUUCCAGUUGCUGCACCUAGAAGUCGAAAAAACAUUUAUAUUUCUGAUACUCCAAUUGUAAAUCAACCAACCCCAUCAUCAGAUGUGGGAAUAUCACCCCAUGGGGAUAAUGUUAGCCCUUCAAAAUCCAAAACGCCCAGACAUCAUAUAAAGAAUCUUAGUGGAAAGUUUCCAAAAGUUUGUUCUACAGAAACUUCGCCAAAUGAUGACAGGUAUGCAGUUGAUCAGCUAAUACCUGAUCAGACCGAGCCAGAAACCGCUUUCAGUAAUCCUACACUGACUGAACAUUAUUCAACUUUUAUAGGACAAGAGAGUUCUGUCCCAAAUGAACACAAUACAAAUGAAAUCAGUCAUACUACUAGUAAGGAUGAAGUUGAUUUUGUUAGCCCCGAACAAUCCAUGCUGACUCCAGCCUCUCCAGCUAAAUCUAUUGAUAGCUACACCUCUUUGCCUAGCACAGAAGAGGUUGAAAACAAGGAGUUAUUAUCAACAAGUAUGAAAACAGGUUUUGAUUUCUUAGAUCAAUGGUAAAAAUGAGAAACAGAUUAUGGGCAUUCCCAUCGAAAAUGUAAUGACUUUUUGUGUUGGUUAUUGUAAUAUUUAUAAGAGGCAUUACAGAAUUAAUCAAACUAAGGAAAUAAAUGCAACUAUUAUGGAAUAUCGUAUUUUCAAUAACCUUGUCCUUAGUGUUACCUAAUGAUUGAAAGAUUAGGGAACAGCCUAUUUCUUAGUUAAAUUGUUUCAAUAGCAUUAGUAACUGAACUUGAAAUACACAGGCCGUAAUUCUAUGGAAUAUAAUUACUGCUUAUUACUUAGGGUUAGGCAUUUCUCACAAGAACCACAAAGUGUUUCUCAGAUUAAUCAAAUGUUUGCAUAUAAUCUAAGUUGAAGAUAUGCAAAGUAACUACCAUAUAGAAAAUGAAAUCAGGUCUGUCAAAUUAAAAAUUAUUUCUUUUACCCAUCAGAAAAGACCUUCAGAAGUGUUAAUGCCUCUUUGAUUGAUCAAAGUUACAAUAUUGAGAUUGAGUAUAAAUGAAUUUGAAUUUUAUUGUAUGAAUGGUACUAUUUAUCUUUAUAUUAUUUUCUACACAAUUUUUGAUAUUAUUAUUUAGUCAAUUUAUUAUUGGAAUGGAACUAGGUUUAUUUAUUUUGUUUAUUAUUAUUUUUUGUAUUUAUUACCAGUAUUGUGUUCUAAUAAUAUAUACCAUGAUAAUUGCUUACAAUGCUACAUGUAUAUACAUCAUCAUCAUCAUUAUUUUUGGACCAGCAACUGUGCCCCAAGCGCUAUACUCAUCUUGUUGUUGCUGUUCUUAUUAUUUUGGGGGUUGACAUUCUUUCGAAAAAAAACCCAAGGCUCUGCCAAUUCAAGUAUAAUCGACAUGAAACUUUGCAUGCUUGCACAUUGAUUGAUGGAUUUUGAUUUUUGAUAUGUCACAAUUCCAAGAUGAUGGCGAUGCAGUCGUGCUCGAUUCCUGGUCCAUAGUACGCUUAUACUUGUUAGUGUGUAUAUUUACAAAGCAGCAUGCUUUGAUCAAUUACAUAGAGUAUAUGUUAAAAUAUAUCUAAAUGUCAAUGUCCUUAUUUAGUGCAUACAUGAAUAUUUGUAUAGUUUUUGAAAGUUAUUUUAACUCAUUUUAUACUUUUCAUUAUUCAAAAUUUAUUAAAACAAAUGAAAUUUGAUAUUUUUCUUUGUUUCCUAUGGAAUAUUUACACUAUUAAUUCAAGGAAAUAAACUAACGUUAAUUGAAUAUUCUGUUAGCUUUUGAAUAAUGACUUAGAAUACACGAAUAAUAAUAUCUGCAUUCAAUAUGACCACUAUUGCAUACAAUACUCUUAUCAUUUUCAACUUAAACUAUGUAUUAAUGCUAUAUUUCAUAUCGAAACUAAAAUAUUUUAGUAAUGUUUCUUUGAAGAAUUACUUUUCAGUCAUUAUGAGUUUUUGGCAUUCACUAUAUUUUGCUAGUCAAAUAUCAUGCUAAACUGUGUUUCUUAUUUGAGAAAUAUUUUUUAUACCUCAGCUUCAAAGAUUAUAUUAUGCAACAAGUCAAUAAAGUUUUACACAUCCUUA